AUGGCCCCGAUGCGCCUGCACAUGCGCAACACCCCGUUUAGCGAUCGCGACGACGACGACGAUGAUGAUGACGACCUGGACCACAACCUGGACAACCAGAACGAUAUUUUGCAGAGGGCGAUCCGCACGAGGCUCCCAACCGGCAGCAUGAGCCCGGACAAGGUGAGGAGCCGGAGUCCAGAGGGAAACAGGAGCGGCACAUUGCGACUCGAGGCACCGACCCCGCCCGUUCUCGAGAGAAUACUGGAGUCGCCGCCGCCGACGGAUAACUACAUCCGCUUCGCCGUGCGCGCUGAAGUCCAGCAGCGAACCGAACCAAUUGAAACUGCCAUUGCUUUCAUCCGUAAACGCUACGCCGCUCUCACUGCGUCAUGGACGUCUACCCUUUUCAGUGUGCUCCUUGCCGUCUGCAGCAUCACAAUGUUCAAGACGCUCAUCCAGGAGCCUGCACCGCGGCCGGUCGGCGAUCUCGUAAAGGUCGCUGGCAUCGCGCGCUCCUUUGAGCCGCUCAUUUACUAUUCGGAGCAUGCCAUUACGCAAGUGCACGACUUGCAGGCCACCAGCGUCGCUGUCUGGGACCUUGGGGAGACGGUACGAACUAGUGGAAUGAAAGAUGCGUCGCUCAUCGUUUCCGACCUCGACGCCCUCAGCGGCGCAAUGAAGACACUUGCGACCGAGAUGACCAAGUUUUUUGCUGUUGUCGAUGGUGACAUUGACGGCAUCCUCAAUGUCAUGGAUUGGGCCAAGAUGCAUCUCAAUCGCCUCCAGAGCGCCCCUUCUCCUUCCACCCUCUCCUCCGCUUACGAUAACAUCCACAAUAUGCUUUCUGAGGCUCAUGUCCUCGAGGACGCCUCCGGUGCUCCCACGCCGAUCGGCACGAUUACUACGUACGUCUUUGGACUAAGCAACCCGCAGCGCGAGCAACGAAUGGUCCAGCUACUGUUCAACGAAUUCCUGUCGGUUCUCGAGGAAAGUGUUCGAGAGGAGCUUCGCUAUAGCAUGAAUCUCUACGGUCUCUUCAACAGCAUCGACCAGCACUUUCUCAACCUUGCGCGAACCGUCGCGCGUGAGACUUCCGCCCAGGAAGAGCUUCACAGCGACAUGUUGGCCAGCUUGUGGGUGCGCAUUCUGGGCACGCGCGCCGCCGAGUUGCGCAAGUUUGAACAGAACCGCGUGCUCCUGCGCGACGUGAGGGAAAAGACUGUCCGCAACAAGGGCAUCCUGGUCAACCAUCACAGCAAGCUCCUGUCGCUGCAGACUUCGCUCGAAGGGCUCCGCACCAAGCUCAUCUCGCCGCUCGUCCGCGGCACCAAUGCCACCAUCCUGACUCUUGAAGACCAGAUCGACAGCUUAUCUGGCGUGAGGGAUCAUCUCUCAGAAAUUCGACGCCAGCAGAAGGGAAAGGUCCUGGAAACGCUUUACGCCAGCGUGCCGAGCAAGCAGCAGCCUAGAAGUCUACGACUCGACGAUGGCCGGGGCGACAUCCUCAGAGAUUCGUAA